GGAACGGGCCGGAAGUAAGCGUCAGUCCUGGCGGAAGGAGCCGGAAGCGGUGCCUGAGAAUCGGUGGCGGCGUCGGUCCCUGGAAAGAUGAUCCAGGCAAUUCUGGUGUUUAACAACCACGGGAAGCCGCGGCUGGUCCGCUUCUACCAGCGCUUCCCAGAAGAGAUCCAACAGCAGAUUGUCAGGGAGACGUUCCAUCUUGUCCUCAAGCGGGAUGACAACAUCUGUAACUUCCUAGAAGGAGGGAGUUUGAUCGGCGGUUCUGACUACAAGUUGAUUUACCGGCACUACGCCACUUUGUAUUUUGUGUUUUGCGUGGAUUCUUCAGAGAGUGAACUGGGGAUCUUGGACCUCAUUCAGGUUUUUGUGGAGACACUGGACAAGUGCUUUGAAAAUGUCUGUGAGUUGGACUUGAUCUUCCACAUGGAUAAGGUUCAUUAUAUCCUGCAAGAAGUGGUGAUGGGUGGUAUGGUGCUGGAAACGAACAUGAAUGAAAUUGUGGCUCAGAUUGAAGCUCAAAACAAAUUGGAAAAAUCAGAGGGUGGCCUUUCAGCAGCCCCUGCUCGGGCUGUGUCAGCAGUGAAGAACAUUAAUCUACCUGAAAUCCCUCGGAACAUCAACAUUGGGGAUAUCAACAUCAAAGUUCCCAACCUCUCUCAGUUUGUCUGAGGACUGAAGGAGCAUCAGAUGGGUCAAGUGGAACUGAAUCUCUUUGAAAACAGAAGGCCAGGCUAAUCAUGGAUCUGAACAAAAUUUGAGCCUUAGUAGCAUUAAGAUCUAAGGCCUGGUCUCUUUUCCUUUGGGCAGACUCAUGGGUGUGGGAUUAGGGAAGGGUCAAUGUCAUUAUUUCACAAUCUCUGUGCACAUGUCCAAUGUGAAGUUCUUCAUUGCCUACAGGUACACCAUUCAUGUAGGGGAUGCAUAUCCCACUUAAGUAAAUCAGCUAGCGUUCUCAGAUUUCCUGCCCCAUUUUAUUCUGCAUGCUGAAUCUCUCUGAAGGUGGUGGUUGUUUGAGUUAGUCCCCACAGACUUCAUGGGGCAGAUAUCUAGAAAGUCAUUAUUCUCACCUUUCUGCUAGGUGCCAAGGAUUGGCUCUUUAGAUUCAGAUUCAGGAAAGCUGGCUUUCCUCUGAAGUCUAUGAAAAAAUUAUAGGGAUGGGGGACCUGCGGGCUGAAUUAAGGUGCUUUGUAGCCAAUAUUCUUCUGUCUAACCAUGCUCUUUUAUAGCAAAUAACAUAUUCCCCCAAGAAAAUAUCUUCUUAUCUGGCAGGAAUCCAAGAUCUGUUUUCCUAGGUGUUUUAUGAAAAGUUCAUAGUCAGAAACAUGACAACAGCUGCCUGUUCCCUGCUUAUCCACAGAUUUACAAUGGAUCUACCACCACCCUACUUCCCAACAGAUGAGAAAUCUAAUAAGCUCCCUGUUCCUAAGGAACAGCCCUGGUUGAAGGAGUACUUUGUGGGCUGGGAGCCUUACUUUUGUAGCAACUAAACGAGAGGUGAUAUUUGUAUUAUUUUAGGCUUAUAGUUCUUUUGUGAGGAGUCUUCCCUUGGCUGACCUUCAUUUGGUCUUCUGGGAGUUCUAAAUUCAGGGUUGAUGCUUCUACCUCUUCUGUAUCAUAAACCUGAUGCAGUUUCCAAAUAAAAGACUAGGACAGGAAUCAGGUAGGAGUAAAGGAGCAGUGUAUUUCAGGGGGUUGAGGUGAGAAGUGGAGAUAUUCCAGGAUUGUAAUGAGGACUAUUGGCUGAAUCUUGUGUUGAUAACGUGUUAAUGAGUUUAAAGAGGACCUUCCUGAAUUCCAGAUCAGGGGUGUCCUUUUCCUCCCUAGUAAUAAAUACUCCAGUACUUGCAUAUCUUUUUUUUUUUAAUAGUAAAUUUAGAGCUAAACUGCUCCUAGUCAUAUUGAAAUUCCCAUCCUCCCAUCUGCCUUUCCACUGGACCUGAUCGAGGCUGCAAAGCAGUUAUUUCAGCCAGCACACUGUGUUACCUGUAUGGUCAAGCACUUUCCCUAAUGGUAGUUCUAAAUCUUCUCAACCUAAGUGGAACUUCUGUUUUGUACAGAACUGUGUGUGCUGUCCUCUUCCCCUCGGGGGAGGGUGUGGAGAACUGAGCUGUCAUUUUGUUUCUUAAGCUUCCUGAGAAGGUAAGUUUACUCAACUCAUACGACCACGAUUGAAGGAUAUUUUUGUCCAUAUUUGAAUUGUGCAAUUCAUGACUCUUGGUUUGUUCACCCUAUCGCAUUUUUCUUUGAAGGAAAAUCACUGUCACUUCACACUGACUUUCCUCAACCCCUCCCCAGAGGUCUCCCUAGUAAUAAAUGGAUAUAAUUGUGCAAAACAAAUCAACCUA